UAUUUUUUUAAUAAAACAGUUUAAUGUACUACUAUUUAAUGUAACUAGUUUUUUUCACAUUACCGAUUGGUGUCUACUUUAGAUCAUGACGUCCGUAAUAAAAUACACAGAAUAAUCCACGCCAACUUUUUGUAUAAAAUGAUCAAAAUUCAUCACUGCAUUUUCUUCAUAUUUCUAAUUGGAGCUGCAACAAAUGGAGUAUUUGAUAUAAGUCAAGUUAAAAAUAAAAUAUUACAAUGGAAAUCGCAAAAAAUUGCAGCGCUUUGUCCAUCAAAUGGUGUAAAACUACAAAAUUUAUUGAAUUUGGUAUGUAGUACCGCUCAGCCCACUAAUGUUACUUUACGUGAUAAUUGUAUAACGUGUUUCUCGCGGGUAACUGCUAUGCAAGAGGGCCCUCAAGAAUUGAAUGCAUUGAGCACUUGUGCGACUCAAUACUUUACGAAUACAUCAUAUGCUACUUGUGCUACAGCUCUCAUGGCAUUAUCUACAUCUGCUUUAAAUGUACAACCAUCGGGAUGCUACAUGGGGUAUUGUGAUUUUGUGCGAUGUCUACGCAGGACAAACUCUAUUAACCUGAUAACUCAAUGUACCAGGGAAGCAAGGACAGGAGUUAAUAUAACUUUAGAUGCUGAUAAUGUUCGAUUUUAUACAAACGUUACUUCCUGUAUAUUAGCCAAAGCUCGGUGUGGUUCAUUUAAUCCAAUCACUGGUGACCCCCAAGUACCGGGUUAUACUUCUUCAGGAUCAAGAGUUAGCAACGCUCUACAAUUUUCCACCGCUGGCGAACUAAGAAUACUGGCAUUUUCAGCAAACACUGCUGUUGCGAAUUCAUUUUGUUCAUCUUUGAGUAAUCUAACAGAAACAAGUUGGUUGACUAAUGUUUGUUAAAGUUUGAUAAGCAUUAGACGAAUACAAAAUAGGAAUGUAAUUACAGUUUUUUUUGUGGAUAGAAGUUUUUUUUACUUUUGUUUAGUUUUGUUGUAGUUCAAAUUCAGCUAUUAGAAUAGUGUAUUAUAAAAACAAUUAAUUGAAAAUAUCUUAAUGUCAAUGAGUUGAAUGUUGGGUAUUUUGAUAAGAUAACUUUAAAAAAUCUUAAGAAUUUUUUCAUUGCAGUACAUAUCUACAUACGAUUGUGUAAAAAUUUUAAGUAGUACAUACGUGAUAUUAAUCUAACGCUUAAUAGGAAGAAUUAAAUGAUGUACAGACUGAGAAGAAUUAUAAAAUUCGCACCUUUAAAAAGUCGAAAGUGAAUAUAUUUUCUGGUUUUGUUAGUAAACAACCUUCCAAAGCAAGCUCUAUAACUAGGGCUGCCAUUCGUUCGGAAAUCCCCGGAUUUGUCCUAGUUUGAAGCGCGUCGGGAGGCCGCACAGUGGAUCGAAAAGGCAAUUUUAGUGACUUAGGAAAUAAUUUUGUGUUUUUCAAUUUUUCUUUCCGCUAAUCGCUAGAUAUUAUUAGCGCUUACAAUAUUCAUUCUUAGUCAUUUUUUGAUAAACCUUAUAGUUUCGGCUAAAAAAAAUUUUUCGUGUUUUUGAUGUAUGGAACGCACUAUAAAAACCUACAUUUCUGCGAAAUC